CGGCGCAGGCGCAGUGCGGAUAAACAGGAAGCAGGCGGUAGAGACAGCGGCAGAGGAGAUCUAGGGGCUUCGCGGGGAAACUGCGGAAGAACUAGGAUUAUAGAGAGGGCUAUAGAGGCUGAGGACGAGAAAAGGGGCCUUGGCCAUCCGCUUCUUGGGAACGAGAGGUCGCAGCCUCAUUUUCGGCUUCGGCUCCCGGCUCGCCGGCUGAGGCUGAGGCAGCGGCUGACAAAGGACUCUCGCCAGUGCCGCCGCCCUUCUCAUCCGGGCAUUCAGGCCCCUGCGGAGAGGUGGGGGGAAGGGCAAAGGAGGAGGAGAAAGAGCAGGAGGGGCGCGCGCUUGGAGCUGAGGCCCUUUCCAGGGCUCCGGGCCUGCGGCCCAACGGACGGAGGCCGAGGAGGACCCGCAGAGGUGGCGGCGGUCGGGGGCAGGAGGAUGGUGCAGAAGGAGAGUCAGGCGGCUCUGGAAGAGCAGGAAAACGAACUCAAUUCUAACCCUGCCGCUUCCGCGGGGACAUCGCUGGAGCAACCGGCUGCUCCGGCUCCCGGAGAAGAUAACCCAGCCGGGGCCGGGGGAGCGGCGGUGGCCGGGGCAGCAGGAGGGGCUCGGAGGUUCCUAUGUGGCGUGGUGGAAGGAUUUUAUGGAAGACCUUGGGUUAUGGAACAGAGGAAAGAGCUCUUUAGAAGGCUCCAGAAGUGGGAGUUAAAUACAUACUUGUAUGCCCCGAAAGAUGACUACAAACAUAGGAUGUUUUGGCGAGAGAUGUAUUCAGUGGAGGAAGCUGAGCAACUUAUGACUCUCAUCUCUGCUGCACGGGAAUAUGAGAUAGAGUUCAUCUAUGCUAUUUCACCUGGAUUGGAUAUCACCUUUUCUAACCCCAAGGAGGUAUCUACACUGAAACGCAAACUAGACCAGGUUUCUCAGUUUGGGUGCAGGUCAUUUGCCUUGCUUUUUGAUGAUAUUGACCAUAAUAUGUGUGCAGCAGACAAAGAGGUAUUCAGUUCUUUUGCUCAUGCCCAGGUCUCCAUCACCAAUGAAAUUUAUCAGUACCUAGGAGAACCAGAAACUUUCCUGUUCUGUCCCACAGAAUAUUGUGGCACUUUCUGUUACCCAAAUGUAUCUCAGUCUCCUUAUUUAAGGACUGUGGGUGAAAAACUUCUACCUGGAAUUGAGGUGCUUUGGACAGGUCCCAAAGUUGUUUCUAAAGAAAUUCCAGUAGAAUCUAUUGAAGAAGUUUCUAAGAUUAUUAAGAGAGCUCCAGUAAUCUGGGAUAACAUUCAUGCUAAUGAUUAUGAUCAGAAGAGACUGUUUCUGGGUCCAUACAAAGGAAGAUCCACAGAACUCAUCCCACGGUUAAAAGGAGUCCUGACUAACCCAAAUUGUGAAUUUGAAGCCAACUAUGUUGCUAUCCACACCCUUGCCACCUGGUACAAAUCAAAUAUGAAUGGAGUGAGAAAAGAUGUAGUGAUGACUGACAGUGAAGACAGUACUGUAUCAAUCCAGAUAAAGUUAGAAAAUGAAGGCAGUGAUGAAGAUAUUGAAACUGAUGUACUCUAUAGUCCACAGAUGGCUCUAAAGCUAGCUUUAACAGAAUGGUUACAGGAAUUUGGCGUACCUCAUCAGUACAGCAGUAGACAAGUUGCACACAGUGGAGCUAAAGCAAGUGUCGUCGAUGGGACUCCAUUAGUUGCAGCACCCUCUUUAAAUGCCACAACUGUCGUUACAACAGUUUACCAGGAGCCUAUUAUGAGCCAGGGAGCAACCUUAAGUGGUGAACCUACAUCUUUGACCAAGGAAGAAGAAAAGAAACAGCUGGAUGAGGAACCUAUGGACAUGGUAGUGGAAAAGCAAGAAGAAACAGACCACAAGAAUGACAAUCAAAUACUAACUGAAAUUGUUGAAGCUAAAAUGACAGAGGAAUUAAAACCAAUGGAUACUGAUAAAGAGAGCAUAGCUGAAUCAAAGUCUCCAGAGAUGUCUAUGCAGGAAGAUUGCAUUAGUGAUAUUGCCCCUAUGCAGACUGAUGAACAGACAAACAAGGAACAGUUUGUGCCAGGUCCAAAUGAAAAGCCUUUAUACACUGCAGAACCAGUGACUCUGGAGGAUUUGCAGUUACUUGCUGAUCUUUUCUAUCUACCUUAUGAGCAUGGACCCAAAGGAGCACAGAUGUUACGGGAAUUCCAGUGGCUUCGAGCAAAUAGCAGUGUUGUCAGUGUCAAUUGCAAAGGAAAAGACUCUGAGAAAAUUGAAGAAUGGCGGUCACGAGCAGCCAAGUUUGAAGAGAUGUGUGGACUAGUUAUGGGCAUGUUCACUCGACUCUCCAACUGUGCCAACCGGACGAUCCUUUAUGACAUGUACUCCUAUGUUUGGGAUAUCAAGAGUAUAAUGUCUAUGGUGAAGUCUUUUGUACAGUGGUUAGGGUGUCGUAGUCAUUCUUCAGCACAGUUCUUAAUUGGAGACCAAGAACCCUGGGCCUUUAGAGGUGGUCUAGCAGGAGAGUUCCAGCGUUUGCUGCCAAUUGAUGGGGCAAAUGAUCUCUUUUUCCAACCACCCCCACUGACUCCUACCUCCAAAGUUUAUACUAUCAGACCAUAUUUUCCUAAAGAUGAGGCAUCCGUGUACAAGAUUUGCAGAGAAAUGUAUGACGACGGAGUGGGUUUACCUUUUCAAAGUCAGCCUGACCUUAUUGGAGACAAAUUAGUAGGAGGACUGCUUUCCCUCAGUCUGGACUACUGCUUUGUCCUAGAAGAUGAAGAUGGCAUAUGUGGUUAUGCCUUGGGCACUGUAGAUGUGACUCCCUUCAUUAAAAAAUGUAAAAUUUCCUGGAUUCCUUUCAUGCAGGAGAAGUACACCAAGCCAAACGGUGAUAAAGAACUCUCUGAGGCAGAGAAAAUAAUGUUGAGUUUCCAUGAAGAACAGGAAGUGUUGCCAGAAACUUUCCUUGCCAAUUUUCCUUCUCUGAUAAAGAUGGAUAUUCACAAAAAAGUAACUGACCCAAGUGUGGCCAAAAGCAUGAUGGCUUGCCUCCUGUCUUCACUGAAGGCUAAUGGCUCCCGGGGGGCUUUCUGUGAAGUGAGACCAGAUGAUAAAAGAAUUCUGGAAUUUUACAGCAAGUUAGGUUGUUUUGAAAUUGCAAAAAUGGAAGGAUUUCCAAAAGAUGUGGUUAUACUUGGUCGGAGCCUGUGACAUUUGUUGGCACUGUGAACUGUCCAAAAGUCUCUUUAACUCCACCCUGUGGGUAGUGGUUGGGGUCUUCAUACAGUUCAGCCUCUGGAGCCACAACAGAUCAGCCAUUCGGAUUGGAAACAAGAGGACUAUGUAAAACUCACCCAUCACGUUUUCAGACUAUUCACUGGUUGGAAGAAGAUAGCUGCAAAUCUUGUGUGAAACGGAGAUGUGGGCCUCCUUUUUGGGUCUUGUGUUAGGUGCCCAGACCUCUUACAUGGGCUUAUAUAGGAAGGGGGGUCUUCAAUAAAUGUAGUCAGCACUAUUUUCUGCAUCCAGCGUGGUUGCAUUUCUCACCUAAGAGUACUCAACAUAACUUCUGUCAUCUUCCUUGGUUUAUUGAAGGAAAUGUCUCUCAUUCUUUGGAGACAUGGCAGAGAUGAGAAAGAUUUAGUGGGUUUCUGGAGUUUCACAGUGAAGAGUAUAAGUGGGAUGGGUGUGGUGUUAUGUUUAAGCUGAAUAAAUGAUUUCAAUUUUGGGCAGUUUUUCUGCUUUUUGUAAAGCCAUGGCCAAUAGUCUCCUGUAGUGACCGUUGGUUUGGGCAUGUUGUGCUUUGUAGGGACAAAUGUGCAGUUGUUUGUGUCAAAAGCUUAAAGUUGACAAACUUGUAAAUCUUUGUAUAUAAACUAGCUGUAAUCUGACUAUCCUUUGUGUUUACUGGUUUAUUUGUUUUUGACAAUGAAAGGGUAUUGGUUCAGGAUGGCACUUUGAAUAUGAAUAAUGUAAAUUACUGGAAGGUGGAUUUUCUUUUCUUUUGUCUUUUUUUUUAUUAUUAUUAUUUUUUAUUUUUAAAGUGCCUCCCACCUGGGGCUAGGCCAUGACCAUUUUGGGUACGAGAGCCUAACUUCAAUAGGACUCAAGUCUGUUGCAAAGUGCAGUCAACUUCUGGGAAUUAACCUCAAUAGCAGGUCAGCAUGUGAAGUGUUAGUAUUGACAUCUGUGAAGUAGGGUUUAGGGACAGAUUAGUCCCACUUGCCCCUUUGAUCAGUUGUCCUUUAAUUUCAAGACCUGUUACUACUGGUUUUAUUAAACCAGAGUUUUCAAUUCUUGCAUGUCUUUAUCUAAUUUUUAAGAGAGAAAAUGAGCACACAUCAGUGAUUUAUGCUUACUACCCUUUCCUUUUUCCUUUAACCAUGAAUUCCAAAUGCUUUAUGUAUUUUAAUUUAGACUGCUGUUUUAAGAGUUUUGAGCAUGAGGCUGGCAGGAUUCAUUUUUUCAUCAUGGCUGGCUGACUUCUCCAUAAAUUUCUGACAGUAUUUUGUUAUCUUGCUUUCCUGCAGUUGUGUACCAACUGUUUUAACUUUGAGCUGAGAGGAGAGGGGCAAAGAAGGAAACCUGAGAGUAUCCUUCACAGAACUCGACAGUAUGGGCUUCUAGAGAGUCUUAAAAGCAUUGUACCUAGUGGUAGUGACUUCCAGCCAAGGUCUGUGAAUGUACACUGAAUGGGUGAGAAGGGGGGAGGAGGCUUCUUCAUUUUCUUGGGUAGAGACCUUUAAUAAAAGACAGGAUACAUUGGAAAACUGGUACCAAGUUUGCAUUUUUGAGGGUUAAGGUAAAGGGAAGGUCCCUACUAGAUUUUUAAGAUGACUGUUAUUUUCUUUUUUAAUACAUCUUGAACACUAGUGGACAAUUUUACCAUUUUAUUUAGAGGAUUUCAUGGUUAACCUCAUAUGGAAUCAGGAGUUUUAACAAGUUUGCUUUCAGAUUUUGCUUAUUAAUAAUCACUUUGGUCUAUUGGUCACAGGUAUUAACUGUGAAACAGAUCUAAGAUUAUACCUUCAUCACCCUAGGAUCAUAAAGUUCUAUGAUAUCUUCCAUGGUUAUGACUAUUUAUUAAGGCUGGAAUGACAUUUCAUUGAUUGUUUAGAUCACAGCUCAGUUCCUGUAAAGAAUCAAACUGUAAAAAUAACUGAAGACCAUGCAAGAGGCAAAAUAAAACUUGAAGUGAAUGUG